AAGGAGGAAUUGAUAUGGGACUUCGGUGGAUUCAGUUCGAAUAGGAACACACAUCAUCAGGGUUUGUGUUCUUUCUCUUCUCAUUCAAUAUCUCCCAUUUUAUUUUCUCAAAGAUCUCUCCAAAUUAAACCAUAAACCUGAAAUUCAAACCUAUAUUUAUUCGAAAGACAUAAUCUCUCUUUUCAUAAGAACAAAAAUAUGCAAGGAGGAGAAGAAGUUAGCAUUGAGGAGCUCGCUUCCAAUCUCUCCACAUACAAAGAACAGCUUCAUAAUGUUAGACAACUUUUGGCUGAAGAUCCUGAUAAUUCUGAGUAUGUGGACAUGGAAAAGGAGCUUAAUGAGGACUUCAACAUGUUGCUCAAACAAGAAACAUUAAUAAGCUGCUAAUGGCUUCCAUGGAGAUUUGUUUUCAUUUCAGGGUUAAAAAUAAAAAGGUCAUUGCUCUUACAGAGGAACUCCUUGCAACUGCAAAGCAGAAUGAGAUAUCUGGAUCAGAUAUUGGGCCUGGAACUAGUGCAUCACCUAGUUUGCCUCAACCUAAGGAUUCAGAGGGAAUGUCUAGUGAACUUGAGAAGUUCCCUGUUGGUGCAAAAGUUCAAGCUGUAUGGAGUGAAGAUGGGGAGUGGUAUGAUGCAACAAUAGAGGCUUUUACUCCUAAUGGGUAUUAUGUUUCCUAUGAUGGAUGGGGGAAUAAGGAAGAGGUGGAUCCUGCCAACGUAAGACCGGUUGAGCUCAAUGCUUUAGUGGAAGCUGAAAGAGUUGCUGAAGCUACAAAGCAAGCUAUCAAACGUAAGAUUGCACAAGCUGCGUUUGUUGAUUUCGAAUCUAGGAGUUUGCCGCCAAAGCUUCGUAUAAAUGCUGAGGACCCAGAGGAUGUGAAAGCUGCCAAGCGGAAGAAAAUACAUGCUUUCAAGUCAAAGAUGCGGUUUGAACAACUUGAAGUUGCACAGAAUAAGCGACAAAAUGCAUGGCAGCAGUUCCAGACCACUAAAGGCAGCAGUAAAAAGGUUGGUUUCUUCUCAGGGCGCAAGCGAGAAAGCAUUUUUAAGUCUCCUGAUGAUCCAUAUGGUAAGGUUGGGGUGACUGGAAGUGGAAAGGGCUUGACAGAGUUCCAGAAAAGGGAAAAGCAUUUGCAUCUCAAAGGUGGAAAUGCUGAGACUGAUGAGUAGGUUUUUGAGGUUCAGUUAUUUUCAUUGUUCUUCAUAUGUAACUUUCUCCAUUAGUUAUUGCCUUCUGCCAACUGAUUCAGUAGCAAAGUCACUGGUUAAAAGCACUCAAAUUGACAUCUAGUGUGUGUGGAUGGCAUACCUCUGUGAAGAUUUAUGUCACUUGUACUGCCAUUUGCAGAUGUUCCAAUAUUACAACCACUUGGUUAUCUUCA